AUGUCUCUGUCUCUGUCUCUGUCUCUGUCUCUGUCUCUGUCUCUGUCUCUGUCUCUGUCUCUGUCUCUGUCCUCUGUCUCUGUCUCUGUCUCUGUCUCUGUCUCUGUCUCUGUCUCUGUCUCUGUCUCUGUCUCUGUCUCUGUCUCUGUCUCUGUCUCUGUCUCUGUCUCUGUCUCUCUCUCUCUCUUUCAUAUCUCUCUCUCUUUCAUAUCUCUCUCUCUUUCAUAUCUCUCUCUCUGUCUCUCUCUCUCUCUCUCUCUCUCUCUUUCAUAUCUCUCUCUCUUUCAUAUCUCUCUCUCUGUCUCUCUCUCUCUCUCUCUCUCACCUCUCCCUUCAUUCAUUGCCCAUCUUUCUGGAGCACAAAUCGUGAAGCUUGACUCCGACACCAGUGCCAUGCCAGCGCGCUUCACCCUGUCGGCCCUGAUCCUAACUGGGAUCGUUGACCUGCUCGCAUCCGGGGGCCUCCUUCUCGGUAGCAUGCUGCAAAAGAGCGACACGUCUCAUGCCAUUAACAACCACUAUGCCUUCAAGUGUACCUUCAGCGACCUCAUGCUGGUGGCCCUGUGCCGUGGCAUCGUGGUUGCAGCAAUCGCUGGUCUCUUCUGUUGUCUCUUAUUUGCCGUGGCCUCAGUCGUCAUGAGCGUGACCAAGGCUCUCUUGCUGCACAAGAAAUGCGUGGCAGAGGAUAACUCACUCUGGGGCACCAUGCUCGCUCUGGUCAUUGCCAUUGGCGCGGUGGAGGCCAUUCUGUCUAUGAUCUGCCUAAAACGCUCCUCGCUGUGCAUUGCCCCCUCCCCGGGUGCCACAAAGGAUGAUUUGCUUCUCGUUGAGGAUGAACGUGCGGAAGCGACGGAAAACACACCGCUCCUCCGCAACGACAACCAACCCAAGGCCACUGUUAUGCGUCUCCGUGGAUUGGUCGGUCUCUCCGAGAGCGUGGUGGAUGACGUGGACCAUGUGCCGUCGCGCGGCCCGGUGACUGUUAGCCUACCACAACCGGACUUUGAUGGAACCGAACGUCGCUCUUCGGAUCGUCGCUCCUCGGAUAAGCGUCGCAAAACGACACGCAUGGCCCCAGCCAGUCGAAUUACCAAGCAAGCAUCUGAACCGGGGAAGCCCGACGUGGGAGAGAUAGUCACGGUUGCUGGCAAAGAAAUGCGCAAGCCGGUCGUGCCGAGUGAGAAGCCUAAAGCCGUUGGUUUUAUGUCCACAGAGACACAAGAAGAAGCAACGUAUCGCAAGCGUUUGCAUAUCAUCAACGAGAUUGUACAGACUGAGGAGCGCUACGUCGAUGUGCUUGAUAUGAUUAUCACGGUGUUUCAGCAACCGCUGGAACAGGCGGCCAAUAUGCAGCUGGCCCUGCGCGCCUCUUCCAUCUCUCAGCGCAGCAUCGACUGGACGGGAGGCGAGUAUAACAUUAGCAUUAGUGAGAAGCAAGUCAAAACCAUCUUCCUGGAGCUUGAAAGCAUUUUCAAUGUCAACUCGCGGUUCUUGCUCGAGCUGCUGGAGAGGUUCUGUAACUGGCAACCAGACUCCACUAUUGGCGACAUUUUCCAGCGUUAUCUGGGCUUUUUCAAGGUGUACGUCACCUUUGCCAACAACUUUGACCAGGCCAUCAGCACCAUUUCGCAAUGUCGUCGUAAAACCUCUUUUCAAAAGUUUCUCGAGGCUUGUUUGGAGCAGCCGCGCUGCAACCGCCUUUGGCUUGACGACCAUUUGAUCGCACCCAUCCAGCGCAUCCCGCGCUACAAGCUCUUGCUGACUGAUCUUUUGAAGCGCACGCCCGACUCGCAUCCCGACUUUCUCCAGCUCCGCCAGGCCCUCGACGGCUUUACCAGCCUGGCUUCGACCAUCAACGAGGCCAAGCGCGACGCAGAAACUCGUUUGCUAACUUUGCAAGUCAUGCGUAUGGUCAAGCACAUGCCACCACUUCAAGACCCCGCGCGCCGUUUCAUCAAUGACUUUCCUGGGCGAUUGCUGCAAGCAGUUCAAACUCCCGCUGGCGGUGCCGGUAGCGGGAAUGAAGCAGAGGUUGAAACUCAAAAGCCUGGCUUUGUGCUUGUCGAGAAACACGACGCCGUCAUCUACUUGUUCACCGACAUUGUGGUUGUGGCCAUGCAUGAGCGUGUUGAGGGCUUAUUGGGCCGGACGAGCGAGAAACUCAAGCAGCUGGGGCGCCAAGGCCAAGUAGAGCGUCCCGUGGAGCGAACGCACGACGGUCAAGAUAUUAUUCACAAGUAUAAAUUUCAUUCUCUCUGUAGCCUCAGCAAUAGCUCGUUGGAAGUGAUUUCGCGGGAAAAAUGGACUUGCAAGCUCACUCAAGAUACAGAAGUUUGCUACUUUCGAGCACCCUCGUUGGAUGAAAUGCGAAUGUUAAUACAUGCAUUCAAUGAGGCCCGAAAUGAAAACGAAAAGGUCUUGUACUUUCUGCCGUUGGCUGUGGCGGCUGAACGACGAGAGCUUCAUCUCACCUUGGCCGAUUACACGGCGGAUGGGCGCCGGCGAGUAUCUCAGCGCAAGCUAUCCGAGCAGGUGCAGCCCAAGCUGUCUACCUCAACUACACAACUUGCAGCUGCCGCCGUCGAAGGGGGAGCAGCUACUGAUGAUGCCUCUGAAGAUGCAGCCACUGAUGCAGACCGUAACAAUACGGCCCAGCAGAGCAAGGAGGAAGCAGCUGGUGAUGCAGAAAAGGAUGGUCAACGAGGCCACGAUACCAGCCUUGAUGACAACGAGGGGGCUGACCCACGCAUCAGUGCGAUAUCCACGGCAACCGACUUGACCAUCAUGUCGGAAGAACCCUCACAAAGAGUGAGCGCUGUCGCCCUGAGUGAUUCGGAUGCUGAGGAAUCAGAAAUGCAAGAUGAUGCCUGA